GUAGUGCUGGUAAACGAACGUGUUCUUCUGAUUGUUGCUAAUGUUUUUUUUGGGAGUGGUUUUGUUUUGUUAAUUUAACGCGUUUAUUUACCUUCAGCUUAUCUGGUAUUUACCGAUCGAGAUUACUUAAGAUAUAACCGAUGAAAUCCUGGGAGAUAGCCCUGGUGGCGGUUGCCGCAAUUUACUUGUGCUCGCAAGUAAGCUUCGUUGCCGGAUUGGAGUGCUAUGUGUGCUCCAACCAGACGGGCAACACGGAAAAGUGCCUGAACACAAUCAAGACUUGCGAGGCCUUCGAGAACGUCUGUGGCACGGAGAUCCGUUGGGGAUCCCAACCGUACUUCUCUGAGGGAGCCCUGAAGCAGUAUUACGUCUCUAAGAGAUGCAUGACUAAGGAGCAGUGCCAGUCCAAGAGGAAAAGAUAUAUGCAGCUGUACUGCACCCACAUCUGGUACGAGGAUUGGGCCUGCAAUGAGUGCUGUCAGGGAGAUCGGUGCAACUACUUUGUGAUUAGUGGUGCUCCCUCAAGAAAAGGAUAUGGAGUCAGUUUGACCCUGGCCAUCACUCUUUUGGGCCUUGGAAAUUGGCUCAUUCAAAGUUCCCUAGCCUCGAAAGCUAUUGGCAUCCUAUGAACGCUCCGUUGUAUUAACCUGACAAAUCCGUCCAUAAGCUAAGUAGAUUCCACCGUCCAUUUGUUUAGUAAACCGUCCAAGUGCCUUGACCAGCCAGUAAGUUAUGAAAUCGUUCAAAGUACUAACUUGACGUCUUUGAAAUUAUAGAAUAUUUUACGAGUUACAUUCUUAUUCUUAAUUGAAAACAUCCUUUCAUCCUGUAAUGUAUUGUCUUAAAAGAUUUUUCCGUUCCAUAUUUUUCAAAUCUGUUACAUAAAUUUGAUUUAAUUUAAUUAGACUGCCUUGUUGUUUUAUAGAGUUAAAAUAAUUAAGUACACCUGCACAAAAUUCUACCUAUAGAUUUAUCUAAAAUAUGACAUAUGACAUGUAAAGCUCAACAUAUCAUUAUAAUCCAUGACUUAUCUUAUCUGUAUGUGUCUUAUAAAUUACAACCUAUUCCAAAUUGAAUCUACCGCCUGCAAUAAAGCAAUAUUGGCGUCUUUUUGGCGCUUUAAUAAA